AUGGGAGAGUCCAAGAAGAAGGUUUCAUGCAGAAGGCUUGGAGGGUAUAUCAGACAACAAAAAGGAAGGCUGUAUAUCAUCAGAAGAUGUGUUGUUAUGCUUCUUUGCUGGCAUGAUUAA